AUGAAGGCGCUUGCAGCUUCGCUUCUGCCAGUCAUUGCGGGCGCUGCCGCCCUGGGCUUUGUUCCGGCCGUCCUUGCACAUGGCGACGAGCAUGGCCAUGGGGCCGGGAUGGACGGCAUGAGCAUGACCGAAGCCGAUAAGCCUGUUCCAGAGGAUCAGUAUCCGCCCACGUACUUUGCCCUGCCCAACCACAAGGCGGCCAUUUACGGCCAUAUCGGCCUGAUGGUCCUUGCCUGGGUGUUUGUUUUACCUUCCGCCGUGAUGCUGUCACUUGCCCGCUCCCGAUACACGCUGCUAGUUCAGUUCGGCUUUCUUGCGGUGAAUGCGGGUGGCAUGUUGCUGGGCGUGAUAUACAACGCCAGCACACCUGACCUCUACCCGAACAAUGCGCACCAUAAGCUCGGGUGGAUUGUGACUUGUGUGGUGAGCGCCCAAGUAGUGAUUGGGCUCUUGGCGCGCGUCGCGGGCAUGUUCAAGCGUCAAAGGUCGAGUAGCCGCGCUGAGGAGCGCCAAGGCUUCAUUCCGGUGUCGACCGAGGCCAUGGCCGAGCACGAGUCUCGCUUUCCAGAACCCUACGGCCGGUUUUCCAUCGACAGCGGCCAGGGUACCGAGCCGAGGACCGAGUCGCUCCGCAGCCCCUCCCUGUCAUCGGGCGGUGACUCCCCGCUGACGCGCCACAAGGAGUACAACGUCGACGUUACCGGCGCCGACGACGACUCGGACGCUCACCUGCCCAUGUUCUCUAACACGACCAAGGCCCACUCGAUUGUGGCAAAGAUCACCGACAAGAUCUCGGAUCGUUUCUGGAAGGUUUUGCUUUUUGCCUACGAGUUUGUCGACCGGACAAUCCUGAUCCUCGGUUUCAUUGCUCUGUGUACAGGCAUCAUCGCCUACGGGCGUUUCUUUGAGGGCCAGGGAAUCUUUAGUGGCUUGGCACACUGGAUCAAGGGCGGUGUUUUCUUCUGGCUGGGCAUCUUCACUCUGGGACGGUGGGCAGGCAGUUUCGGCGAGCUCGGAUGGGCGUGGAAUAUCCGGCCCAGGAAACUCGGCCAGAAGCGUGCCCCUUCAGCCGAGUUUGUGGAGAGUUUCCUGAUUUUCUUUUACGGAUCCACCAAUAUCUUCCUGGAGCAUCUUGGUGGCUGGGGCGGCGAAUGGAGCUCCCAGGACCUAGAGCAUAUCUCGAUCACGGUUCUCUUCAUAGGCGGCGGCCUGUGCGGCAUGCUUGUCGAAUCGACCAGGAUCCGCGAUUUGCUCAACUACACCGUGACUGACGCCGCCCUGUCGACGUCGGAGCACGGCGCAUACAAGGACGAGGAGGCCCGGGACGAGCUUCAUGAGCCCGAGACGUACUCGUUCUCCAUAAACCCUAUCCCGGCCCUGGUGAUUCUCCUCCUUGGCAUCAUGAUGAGCUCCCACACACAGCAAAGCAUGAUCUCGAGCAUGGUACACAAGCAGUGGGGUAACCUGCUCACCGGCGCCUCCUUUGCCCGCGGCAUGACCUACCUGCUCACCUGGCUGCGCCCGCCCAAGUCGGUCUAUCCCUCGCGACCGCCCACCGAGCUGCUGGCAGCGUUUGGGCUCAUCUCGGGCGGCAUCAUCUUCAUGGCUAGCGCGAGUGAUACGGUGGAUGGCAUGAUUCACUACGAGCUCGACGCCAUGUUCAUGUACACCGUCACAAUGGGCCUUGUCGGCUUGCUCAUGGCGUGGGUCAUCUUGCUGGUUGCCCUCAAGGGCUGGGCUACUCGCCGCGAGGCAAGGGCCCGCUCGCACUGA